GGAAAAUAAACAAGCGGCAUUUUGGUAUAAACAGAAACAUUAAGAAGAGAUUUUGUUUGCUGAUGUUUUUCAUUAUUCAGGAAUAUAAUUGAAAUAUAAAUGCUAUGAUAAUAUAACAAAUUGUUCAAAAAUGGAAUGUACUCAAAGGCUGGAGUGUACUCAAGAGUUAUACAAUACACAUACGGAGAAAACAUGCCCCGAACAGAUUGGAUAUCUGGGUAUAUGUGGAGCGAAACACCCAGUUUUAAAAGGCCCAAACAAAAUAGGAAGAGACCCUCAGACAUGUAAUAUAGUUCUGAAUUUGAAUUCUGUUUCAAGACAACAUGCUGUGAUAAAUGUACUAAAUAGUAAAGAGUUUAUGCUUAUGGACUUAGAUUCGGCUAACAAAACAAAAUUAUUGAAUAAAACAUUGCAACCCUACAUACCUCAUCGAAUAAAAGAUGGAGAUACCGUGCAGUUUGGAGAUAUAUUUGGGGUGUUCAGGCUUUUGGAAGAAGACAAUGAGCUGCCAAUGACUCAAGCUAUUGAUAUCCCUGAGACACCGGUCACUUACAAGCAUGUGUCAAAGCUCAAUAAGGCCCCAACCACCUUGAUACCAGAAUCGCCUGAUGUCAGUGACAAGGAUGAUUCGUUUGCAACACCCUCACAACCACCAAUAAGUAUGAAGUCCAGGUUAUCAAGUCCUUUUAUAAAAACAAACAAAACUCUGUCAACAGGGAAAUCUCCUAAUACUUUCGGUCAUCGAAUUUCACUUCAAUCAAAAAAGUCAACUUCACUAAAUUUUGUAGACAAUCCUAAUACAAGUCUGAAUGAAUCUUUUACAUCUGUUAAGAGCGGAAAUGUAUCUGAUAAUAUUUUUGAAGCAGACACACAAGUGCCCAACCUUGUCACUAAUGAGAGUACAGAUUCAAUAUUUACUGCUGGCACGCAAAUUCCCCCGGAGAGAGCCAUCUCACCAAAUGUGCAUAGUAUGGACACACAAGUGCCCACAUCGGACCAUCUGCACAGCAUGGACACACAAAUGCCCACAGUAGAACAUUUGCCACAAGUACGCAAAGUUGAUGACCAGCAUGAAAUGCACAUAGAUAUUUAUGCAGCCAACAAAGAAAAUAAUAAAGAUAUUUUCAAUGCUGAAACCCAACCAUUUGGCAUUGUUGAUGAUUCAAUAGAUAAUGUGGACACUAAUAAAACCAAUGUGACAAACACAUCUGGUUGCUCAGCUGAAGGAGACAUAAAGGAUAAACUUAACACUUCAGAAGAAGAAGUGCUCUUUGAUGACAUUGACGGUGAAUGCUUUGAGGAAGACUUUAACUCUCAAAACAUACUACAAGGUGAAAUCCCAAUAAUUGAAGAAGAUGCGUCAAAAACCAAAGAUAAUCCAGUCCCGUGCAGUAGAGACAAGAGACAACCUUCUGACGAUUUGACAGACUGUGAAGAUAUAGAUAUAUUACCAACACAGAAAAUUGCAGAGUUACCCAAAAUAGAUAUUGAAAAAGAACCAAAUCAAACAGACACAAAUGAUUUAACAUGUUCAAAAAGGACUGUCCGUAUAAAAUCUGAUAGUUCUACAGACUGUGAAGAUAUUGAUAUUGCACCAACGCAAAUAAUACCUGAACUGCCUAUUGUCAAAGAUUCUAAAAUUAAAUCGGACAUCAAAGUUACAAAAAAGCUAUCUAAAAGAGUGAACAGAAUAAAAUCUGACAGUUCGACAGACUGUGAAGACAUAGAUUUCAUGCCUACCCAAAAGAUACCUGAAAUAAAACUGGCCGAAGAUGAUGACGCUACCGAUUGUGAAGAUGACGUCCUUGUCGUGAAUCAAAAGGAACCUCCUCCAAUUCCACUCGUUGACGAUGAUACACAAAUUGCUACUCAAAUAAUUGAAGUGGAUAAUACUAAAAAAGAGAAUAUACCAUUGGAAGACUUGCCCACACAGAUCAUAGAGGUUGACAAGGGUGUAGGUGACUCUAAAAACGUAGCUUUUGAAGAUCAAUUGACGCAAAUAAUAGAUGAGGCAGUACCUACUAAUAAUGAUUCUCACAAAAAAUCUCUUAGUGUGACGGACAGCCCUUUUAAAAUACCAUUUCAGUCUCCAAUAAGAAUAAAGAGUAAGGAUAUACCCAAAUUAAAUGUUAAAGAUAAAACUGAGAAAAGUAACCCAAUUGAAGUGGAUCCUAAUUAUUAUAAUGAUACACAAGAUAUUUUCGAAGAUCUGUGCACUCAAAGGGAGCAGCCUGAGGUCCAACCAAUUACAGAGGAUGAGGUCGUCCCAUGUUCCGUAGAAGAUUAUAAAGUAAAAGACAAAUUCCCAGGCAUUGAAAAAGACUUAAGUCCUUUAAAAAAGGAAAAUGAUGGACUUACUGAAGAAGCGACAUUGGAAAAAGUGUCUAAAGGAGACAUUUCUGAUGUAUAUUCUACUCCGAAAAAGGCUAAAACUUUCGUUUUUACAGACAGUGACUUACCAAGUAGCCAAGAAAUAAAAAAAGGUGUUAUUUCGCACACAAGAUCCUCCGCCACAGAGGAAUCUUCCAGCGAAUCCGAAACUGAAAACAGUUUAGAUGAGCCGUUUAAUCCAUUUAAAAACUUAAAACAGAAAAGUAAACCCGCUUUUUGUCUUACUAAACGCUUGGAGGUUAAUAAAUUACCAGAAAGAGUAAUAACUCGCAAGAGAAAACCCAUAAAUACUGAUAGCAGUAGCACAAAUAUUUUGAAACCAACAUACUUAACAGAGCAGGAAGAUAACAUCGAUGCGGAAAUUCUCACGGAAAAUAUAAAACGUCUUAAAACUUACGAACGAAUGAGAAGUAACAGGAAUUCUAAGAAAGACGAAAGUAUUAAAGGGGAGAAAAAAGAAAAUGUAUCUCAAAAGGAAACAGAUAAAACUAGCGAACCUAAAGAAAAUUUAAAAAUAAAAAUUGAUAAACCCAAAAUAAAGGAAGCCAAGUCAAAAUCUGAUAUUACUGAAAGGAGUGACAAAGUUCACAAUAAUCAAGUUAAAGAAGAAGAGAGUUUAAAUAUCGCAUCUGGAACUCGACCAACUACCAGAAUUACUAGAUCUAAGAAAAAAGACACUGCAAAUAAAACCAGUGUAAGUAAAUCAUUCACCGACAAAGUGACAGUAAAGGAGAAUAAGAGAAAACGUGCGACCAAGAAACAAGAGAGAGAAAGAUCUAAGUCGCCUGAAAUGGUAACUAGGAAUAUUAAAAGGUCAGCGUCACCAAAACCGAGGUCGAAAUCACCUGAAGUAGAAGUUAGGAGAAGUACAAGACAAAGGAAACCGAAGGCGAAAUAUGCAGAAAGUGAAGUGAAAGCUCCUAAGUCUAUAUUGAAGAACAGUUCGCUUGAGCAGAGCACGGUGUAUAAUAUUUCAUCGUCUAGUACGGAGUCGCCGCGCAGUUUGAAGAGGUCUAUGUUAGAUUGUAGCGACGCUCCCCGCUCCAAGCGCACGAGGGCACAGACAUCCUCUACCAGCAGCAUCAGCAACGCCUCGUUGCGGGCAACACCCGCGAGAGCCAUGAGGACACACCAUGUGCUUUUCACUGCAUACACCAGCACAGAAGACAAGCAAAAGUUGGAGAAAUUAGGAGCAGUUCUAGUAACAAAUGUGAUGGAGUGCACUGUAGUGCUGACGAUGCAGAUAAAGCGCACAUUCAAACUGCUGUGCGCUGUGGGGCUGGGCCGACCCAUCGUUGGGCCUGGAUGGGUGCAAGCUUGUACUGACACACACAUGAUUGUUGACCCUUGGCUGUACUUGGUGAAAGAUGAGGCUGCUGAGAAGCGGUUCCAAUUCAACUUGCAGAAGACCUUAAACAGCAAUAGGAACUUCUUGAACGGAUAUAACGUUUCCUCCACACCAAACGUGCAGCCUAUCGCCUCUGAGAUGAAAUUGAUAGUGGAAUGUUCAGGCGGUACUUGGAAGGAGAGUGGACCAAACUGGGUAUGUGUGUCGUGUCCCAAGGACAAGGAUCUCUGGCCAGCUCUGAGGCGACGAGGCGCCGUUGUCGUCACCACGGAGUUCAUACUUGGGGGAGUAUUGAGACAGAAACUUGACAUUGCUAUGCAUACCGUUACCUAGGCAUGUCAUGUCAAUCAAUGCUGCAAUUUUUUAUUUAAAAUUUGUUUGUAUCCCAAGUCAAUAAAGUUGGUAAUCAAAUAAUAAAAAACACAGAAAAGAGUAAGUUAAACAUGUAGCUGUCGGAAAGGACUGCUUUGUUUCGAUAUAUCAUUAAAAAUAGUUAUCUCUUUUAUAAAGUGCCCGAUAAUUUGCUUAUUGUAUAAAAAUUGGUUAUUAUACAAAUCGACAGCUGAUCCGGUCAUGUUUCUGUUUCUGCAUUUUGGACUUAAAUGUUAUUUUCCACAAGUCUAAAUCAUUUUUUUAGUGCAGCU